AUGGGGAAUACUUGUGUUGGACCGAGCAUUUCCAAGAAUGGAUUCUUCCAAUCGGUUUCGGCUGUAAUGUGGCCAAACCGGUCGCCAGAUGACUUAGUUCACACAAACGAAGAAACUAUCAAUGAGACAUCAACACCUAAGGAACCUGAGUCACCUAUGCCGGUACAAGACAAACCACCAGAACAAGUGACAAUACCAAAACCAGAAACCGAGCCAAAGCAAUCCGCAAAACCCAAAAGGCCACCACAGAUGAAGAGGGUCUCUAGUGCAGGACUUCGGACCGGUUCAGUGUUACAAACGAGAACUGGAAAGUUAAAGGAGUUUUACAGUUUGGGGAGGAAACUGGGACAGGGGCAAUUUGGAAUAACGUUUUUGUGUGUGGAGAAGGCGACAGGGAAAGAGUUUGCAUGCAAAUCGAUUGCAAAAAGGAAGUUAUUAACUGAUGAGGAUGUGGAGGACGUGAGGAGGGAAAUUCAGAUAAUGCACCAUUUGGCAGGGCACCCAAAUGUUAUAUCUAUUAAGGGUGCGUAUGAGGAUGCUGUAGCAGUUCAUGUAGUUAUGGAAUUAUGUGCAGGAGGUGAGCUCUUUGAUAGGAUUAUCCAGCGUGGGCAUUAUACAGAGAGAAAGGCAGCUGAGCUAACUAGAACUAUAGUUGGAGUUGUGGAAGCUUGCCAUUCAUUGGGGGUUAUGCAUCGAGACCUUAAGCCAGAGAAUUUUCUUUUUGUCAGUCAGGAUGAGGAUGCACUUCUCAAAACUAUUGAUUUUGGAUUAUCUAUUUUCUUGAAGCCAGGAGAAAAAUUUAGUGAUGUGGUUGGAAGCCCAUAUUAUGUUGCACCUGAAGUUUUACGAAAGCGUUAUGGUCCAGAAGCGGAUGUCUGGAGUGCUGGAGUGAUCCUUUACAUUCUGUUAAGUGGUGUACCUCCAUUUUGGGCUGAAAACGAGCAAGGAAUUUUUGAACAGGUCUUGCAUGGUGACCUCGAUUUUGCAUCUGACCCUUGGCCUAGUAUUUCUGAUGGUGCCAAAGAUUUAGUGAGAAGGAUGCUUGUUCGAGACCCUAAAAGGCGAAUGACUGCACAUGAAGUUUUGUGUCAUCCCUGGGUGCAAGUUGAUGGUGUGGCUCCUGACAAGGCUCUUGAUUCUGCAGUUCUAAGUCGCUUAAAGCAAUUUUCAGCAAUGAACAAGCUCAAAAAAAUGGCUCUCAGAGUCAUUGCAGAGAGCUUAUCUGAAGAAGAAAUAGCUGGCCUCAAAGAAAUGUUCAAGAUAAUAGACGCUGACAACAGUGGUCAAAUCACUUUGAGGAACUUAAGGCUGGAUUGA